AUGGAUAUACCCAAUAAUAACAGUGAUAGUAACGUACCUCGCAUCCGUAAUCUCCAUCCCUCGCAGCUCUCGCCUGAGCAUCCCUAUGGUGCUAUCAACGAGGAUCAUAUACCUAUUGAACGUACAAUGAGUUCUUUUUCUGAAAGACUUGGAUCUUUUGUCGGCUCCUACUCUCGUACCUCCAUGAUGUUUAUGGCUGAAAACUUGGCUGUGCCAAAUGGACCCCUGCUUGACGACGAAGAAGACAAAUAUUCUGCGAUCUCAUCGGGUUAUGUUUCAAGAAUCCCAUCAAAAACUUCUGUGUCACGAUUGUCCAGGAUCGAAACAGGCCCAAGUACAAGCGCUGCCAAUGAACAUUCCUCCUUACUCUUUUCGCAUUUGGACAAGGUUCUCUCGACUCGAAGUGUUGGUACCGUGGCUGAUGAUUAUCGCUUCGAAGCACAUCCCCCUGCAGCCAAAAAGUCGUCGUUCACUCAGUCUAUUUUCAACUCUAUCAAUAUUUUGAUUGGUAUCGGUAUUCUGGCAUUGCCUCUUGGUUUCAAGUGUGCUGGCUGGGCUAUCGGUAUGUCUGUUUUUGUAUUCUGCUGUGGUCUCACCAAUUACACUGCAAAGCUGUUACAAAAAUGUCUGGACAUUGACCCCGAAUCCAGAACGUAUGGUGAUAUGGGCGCUUUAGCGUUUGGUUUAAAGGGAAGAAUUUGGGUCACAGCUUUGUUUAUUACAGAGCUGAUCACAAGCAGUGUGGCAUUGGUAGUUUUGUUGGGCGAUGGUAUUGACUCGUUGUUUCCCGGAUUCUCGCUCAAAGAGACACGAGUUUUGUCCUUCUUUAUCCUGACUCCCAUGCUGUUCCUGCCUGUACGCCAUUUGUCAUAUACCAGCUUACUAGGCAUUAUCAGUGCUUUUAGCAUCAUUAUUGUCAUUGUUGUGGACGGUGUGACCAAAAAGAAUGCUCCUGGCAGUUUGAUCGAGCCUGCAGAUACAGAGAUCUGGCCCUCAAAUUGGAUGACAGUACCCCUUAGUUUCGGAUUGAUCAUGGCUGGCUUUGCAGGCCAUGCUGUGUUUCCAACAGUGUACCGUGAUAUGGACACGCCCAAGCUGUAUAGUAGAAUGGUAAACUGGACAUAUGUAGCAACCACCUUUGUUUACUUUGGUGUUGCUGCUUGUGGUUAUUUAAUGUUUGGAUCAGACACCAUGCAAGAGAUUACUCAAAACAUUGUUUCCAUUCCGGAAUAUAAUCAAACCCUAAAUCGUCUGGCUGUUUGGCUUAUUGCCAUGAAUCCAAUUGCCAAAUACGGUCUUACAGUCAACCCUGUCAACUUGAGUUGGCAGAUUUGGUUGUUCAAGGGCACACGUCUCGAGGACUGGUGCGACAAGGGAAGCUGGCGCGAGCCUAUUCUCACUGCCAUUGGCAAGGUGUGCAUCAGUGCGUUCAUUGUGGUUUUGGCUUACAUUAUUCCUGGUUUCGAUAAAAUCAUGUCCCUCUUGGGCGCCUUCUUUUCUUUCAUGAUCUCGGGUAUUUUCCCUCUGGUCUGCCAUUUGUGCUUAUUCGGUGACAGUAUGUCUGUCAAGACCAAGAUGUUGGAUUACACUUUGAUUAUCAUUGCUUCUUCCAUGGCCCUCACAGGAACAUGCUGGAGUUUCAUCUAG